AUGUCUACCGCUACUAAUACUUUCUCUUAUAAGGUUAUUGCAGAGGACAAGGAAUUUGUCAAAUCAGAUUUGGAUGAUAGACAAUACCGUGUCAUCCGCUUGCCAAACAACUUAGAGGCACUCUUAAUCCACGACUCUACUUCAGAAAAGGCUGCUGCUGCUAUAGAUGUUAAUGUGGGUUCAGUCCAUGACCCAAAAAACUUGCCGGGUUUGGCCCAUUUUUGUGAACAUUUGUUGUUUAUGGGGACAUCAAAGUUUCCAAAGGAGAAUGAAUAUCAAGAAUAUUUGGCAGAACACUCCGGAAGAUCUAAUGCAUUCACCGCCUCUAACAGUACAAACUAUUAUUUUGAAGUCGACUGGAAGCAUUUAAAUGGUGCGUUGGAUAGAUUCUCGCAGUUUUUCAUCAAUCCUUUGUUUAGCAAAGACGGUCAGGAAAGAGAAAUUAACGCCAUCAACUCUGAACACGAUAAAAAUGUGGAAAAUGACAUUUGGAGAAUGCACCAACUUGGUAAACUUGUGGCCAAUCCUGAACAUCCUCAUACCAAUUUUUCUACUGGUAACUUGGAAACUUUACGAGUUCAGCCUGGAAAAAUUGGUAUUAAUCCAAGAGAUGAAUUACUAAAUUGGUAUAAGACACACUACUCUUCUAAUAUUAUGAAAUUAUGUAUUAUUAGUCAGCAUUCCUUAGAUGAUUUAUCCAAUUUUGCUGCUGAAUAUUUCUCAGAAAUUGAAGAUCGCAAAGUCAACUUGGAUCAACUUAACAAAGAAUCUAAAGAUAUGAGUUACUUGACUUCCAGCCAAUUGUCAAAGCUUAUCAAGGUUAAACCGGUGAAGAAUGUUAAGAGCCUUCGUUUUACUUUUUUUGUUCCCUUAGAUGAGGAAAAAAGCUUCCAUCUCAAGCCUGGCGCUUAUAUUAGCCACCUUGUAGGUCAUGAAUCCAAAGGUUCCUUGUUAUAUUAUUUCAAGAUUACUAAGAACUGGGCGACUGGGUUGUCAUCCUCCUUUAGGAUGGUCUGUGACAGAAACUCUUUAUUUGAAAUUGAGGUUGAUCUCACUGAUGAAGGCUACCAGAACAUUAAUAAUAUUAUAGCCAAGGUUUUUGAAUUCAUUAAUCAUUUAAAGACGCUUGAUGAAUCUGACUAUUAUCAAGUCUAUCAAGAGUUGGUUGAUAUCACAAAAAUUCAAUUUAAAUUCAAGGAAAAAAGUGGGCAAGUGAUGAAUACUGUGUCUGGGUAUACGCAUACCAUGCAAAGCAAAUUCUUAAAAGAUAAUGAAAAGCAUAAAUAUUUAAGUUACUUUUACUUUUUCAACAAAGAAUAUAAUUUUGCCUCGAUUAAGGAAAUUUUGGGUCAUCUUAGACCGGACAACUUCUUGCUUUAUAACAUUAAUCAUUCAUUCGUUGAAUCUGACUUGUCAGCAACUGACCCAUGGUAUGGUACCAAAUAUUCGACUGAAAUUAUUGAUGAUCAACUUAUUAAAUCAUUAUGGGAAGUCGGAUCUGAAGAAGCUUUCCAUUUACCACCUUUGCCUAAUCCUUUCAUUCCAGAAGAUUUCAAAAUCCAAAAUGAGAAGUCUCAGAAGCCUAAAAGUAGACCCUUGUUAGUUUCUAAGGAUUCUAAAAUGGAAAUUUGGUUCAAGAAAGAUGAUAGAUUUUAUACUCCAAAGGGAUCCAUCGCCAUUUUUUUGCAAUUGCCUAAUGCUGUUGGUACUCCAAUUAAUGUUAUUAUGAUGACAAUCUUCAAAGAGCUAUUGAAUUUGAAGUUAAAUGAUAUUUCCUAUCAAGCUUCCUUGGUAGGAUUGAGAGUGGAAAUGUACUCAACCUCCAAGGGUUACGAAAUUUUCAUUAGCGGAUACACUGACAAGCUUUUGGUGUUGCUAAAGCAAUUCUUUGUUGACUUCAUUGAUUUAUUAACUAGUGAUACCGACUUCAACAACGCUGACAAAUUUAAUUUGAUCAAAAACCAGCUUAUCAAAAGAUACAAGAAUUUUAAACAUAUCAAUCCAUACUCUCAAAUUGACUCUCAUUAUCAAAUUUUGGUACAUGAAGAUGUUUAUCAUUCUGAUAUCAAAUUGGAGUAUCUUGUUGAUAGGAAAACGGGUGAAGUUAUUCAUGACUAUGUGAAUUUUGAAACUUUCAAUAAUUACUUGAAAACAUUCUUGAAGCAUGCCUAUGUUACUUCCUUGAUUCUUGGUAAUUUCAAUGAAAAGUUAGUUAUUCCAAGCUUCAUUAAUACCAUCAAGGAAUAUUUCUUGGAAAAUGAGAAAGUUAAUUUUAGAAAUGUGUCCGCAGCCCAGAAUUUAAGUAAUGUUAGCAGAACUAUUAAAUUGGAUGAAGGUUUAGUGAACAGGUAUGAAAUUGAUGCUGAAAACUCGAAUUCCUGUAUAUUCUACUAUUUCCAGGUUGGAGAAGUCUACCCAAUGCUUUUUGAUUUGCAAUACCCGGAUUCUCGUUCCACUGCUACUGGUGCUUUAAAACAACCAUCUAACGAUAUUUCUCCCGGUAAAGCCUUAUUGGCUUUUUCUGCCUUAAAAAGUUUUCUUAGAGAACCCUUCUUUGAUCAAUUGCGUACCAAAGAACAGCUAGGUUACAUCGUUUUUGCUUCCCCACAAAUUUCAAGAACUGUCUAUGGGUUCAGAGUGUUGGUGCAGAGCAGCGUUAAAUCGACUUAUUACUUAGAGUCUAGAAUCAAGCAUUUUAUCAAUAAUGGACUCAAGGAUAUGGUUCAUAAUAUGAGUGAUGAAGAAUUCAAAAAGACCAUUGACUCGUUGAGAAACUCCUUGGAGCAUAGCUUGAAAUUCAAAAAUUUAAAUGAAGAAUUUUACGCUUAUUCAGGAAAAAUUUACGGCGGGAUGUAUCAGUUUAAUGCCAACAAGUUGAAAUUGGAUAAUUUGGAAAACCUUACCAAACAAGAUAUUAUUGAUGUCUUUGAUAAAUACAUUUUGAAUGAUUCAACCUCUAAAAGGUUAAUCGUCCAUCUCAAGGGCAAAAAUGAAAAGAAAUUAGUCGACGGUUCUGAUUUUCCUGCUAAUUUCCCAGAAGGUAAGCUAAUUACAAAUGUUGGAGAAUUUAAGAGUGGCUUCUCAUUAUCUGCCUCUGGUAGACCACUUAUGGAUAUUGAGUAUUAUAAGAGCUAUAGAACCAAUGAUGAUGGUGAUUUGGACUCAAAACUCUAA